GGGCGCAGCUGGGGACGCGACUGCUGGAGGCUGCGCGCUACUGUUGCAUCGCCUCACCGGAUAAUAACCGCUGCUAUCUCAGCCUGUUACUCUGUUCCGCCCAGGUUUAUCGCUCUCCUUUUAUGCUGCUUACCGACUAACGGAUUUGCAGGAGCGGGACUCUUUGGAACCUCGAGAGAAAAAAAGUGGAUAAAGGACCCGACCUUGCCUGUGCGUGUGCGUGGAGAGCGUAUCGUUUCUUGUGAAUUCCCUGUACGCGCAAGAUGCUUUUUUCUUUCCAGAGAGGCAAUGCGCCCACCCAUGCGAUGCUAGCCUAUUAGCUCGAGAGAGAGAAAGAGAGAGAGAGAGAGAGGGAGAGAGAGCAAGAGAGAGGGAGAGAGAUAGAAAGAAAGAGAGAGAGAGAGAGAGAGGUUUCAGCCUUGGAUUCGAGAGGAGGCUAAUUUACGAGUCUUGUUUUGCCUUUCAGGAAAAAGGGAGAUAAGAGGGGGAGGGUGGUUGGUGAAGGAGAAUGCAGCAAUCACAUUUUUAAGCAUGCAGAAGUGGGCCGUUUCCGGUUCCUAGGCUGGUGUGUCCCCCCCAUCCGAGGCCAGCAGCCGUAUGGGGAAAGCAGCGGCAGACACAGAUGGCAUGGACACUUCCACACGGUCUGCCGCUCUGCCCUGCCUGCUCUGCCGGAGCCCGUUCACCGCUGUCUCUCUCUUCCAGCUCGCUCCGCCGCCCAGCAGCACUGCAGCACAGCACAGGCUGACGGCAUGAGGCUUGAUCCAGUGCAUUUCUCCAUGCUGGUCAUCGGGGUCUCCUUCGCCUGUUACGCCCCGAGUCUCAACUCCCUCCAGGACCAGGCGUACCGAUCAGCCGUGGUCAUCGAGGGCGAGGUGCGCUCCUCCCCGGAGAACAUCUCCUCCCGGGAGCCCUACAGUGUGAAUGUCAAAGUGCUGGACGUGUGGCCCGUCAACAGCGGCGGCCUCGAGAGGGAGCAGCUCGUGACCGUCGGUGACUUCGGUUCCGAGGCCCCGUGCACCACGGUGGAGAAGGACCACAGAUAUAUCUUUUUCAUGGACCCGACCACCGAGCCCUUGGUAUUCAAGGUAUCCUACGCCCCCGUGGACGCUAGCGAGCCGGAGUCCAAGAAGGAUGUGGAGAGAGUAUUGUGCGAGGACUGCGCCUCUGCUCCUAAGCUCCGGCUGAUGCGAGGCCAGUCUCUGGUAGAAGGGGACAAGCUGUACUUGAAGUGCGAGGCGUCGGGGAAUCCCAGUCCUUCCUUCCGCUGGUACAAAGAUGGACACGAGCUUCAGAGAGGAAGAGACCUCAAAAUAAAGACCAACAAAAAAAACUCAAAGGUGCAAAUCAGUCGUGUCCGUGUGGAAGACUCUGGCAACUACACCUGUGUGGCUCAAAACUCACUAGGACAAGAAAACACCACGAGUAUAAUCAGCGUGCAGAUCCUGACCACCACCACCCCGUCUCCAGGUGUGAGUCAUGCGAGGCGCUGCAACGAGACGGAGAAGACCUACUGCGUCAACGGUGGAGACUGUUACUUCAUACAUGGUAUUAACCAGCUGUCCUGCAAGUGUCCCAAUGACUAUACGGGGGACCGCUGUCAAAACUCCGUCAUGGCCAGUUUCUACAAAAUGAGGUCUAGUAAAUAUAGCAAGGCUGAGGAGCUCUACCAGCGGCGGGUGCUGACGAUCACAGGCAUCUGUGUGGCGUUGUUGGUGGUUGGCAUCGUUUGUGUGGUGGCCUACUGCAAAACCAAAAAGCAGAGGAAGAAGAUGCAGAGUCACCUACACCAGAACCAGAAUCAGUACGUGGAGCAACCCAACCGUAUGCUGCCCAACGGGCCCAACCAUCCCGGGCCUGGUCCUGAGGAGAUCUCCUUGCAUGACUACGUCUCUGAGAGAGUCCCCACGACAGAGUGUGUGGUCAGCCACGGAGCCGAAGGCGCCGGCAAUUACGCAGGCAGCCGAAUGUCCACCCGCUCCCACCACUCUACCACUGCCUCACACGCAUCGAGACACGAGGAGCAGACGUGGAGCAUGGAGCGAACAGAGAGCAUGAACUCAGACUGCCAGUCAGGUGGGCUGUCCAGCUCCGUGGGAACCAGUAAGUGUAGCAGCCCAGCAUGCAUGGCACGGAGGGCGGCCCACUGGGGCUGUACGGACACGUCUGGGCCAGGGAUGCAGUACGGGGAUUCUUAUGAUUCUUUAAGAGACUCACCUCACAGCGACAGGUAUGUGUCAGCGCUGACCACGCCUGCACGUCUGUCUCCAGUGGAAUUUCACUACCCCCUGUUGCCGCCCCAGGUGCCCACUUUCCAGAUCACCUCGCCCAACACAAGCCACGCCCUCUCCCUCCCUCCUCCUGCUGCUGCUGCCUACCACAGAGAUGACGACCAGCCACGGCUACAAUGCCCUGAGGAUGGAAGUUUAUAUAGACAGCCUCGACGUCCACGACGACCCUACCUGACAGAGAGCACAGGAAGCCUACCGUCCAGCCCCUACCGUCUCCCUGACGAAGAGGCCUACGAGACCACACAGGAGUACGCCUCAUCAAGGGAGCCCAUACGGAGUAGGCGGCGCCCGCGACGCAACCGCCUCAACGGACACGUCUCGCAGCGUUCAGUGGGCCUACGGGACUACAGCUCGCAGAGCUUCAGCCAGUCAGAAGAGGAAGAGGAGGAGGAGGAAGAUGACGCUCAAGGAGAGAGCACACCUUUCCUUAGUAUGCAGAACAUGAAUGUGGACCCACCUUUAACGGUCCCGGGUUUCCGUUCGUCAUCUGGUACGGACACACGGACUCACCGCGGGCUGAGUCGGCCAGGGACACGCAGCAACGGGCAGAGCCGCAGCUCUCAGUCACAGCGCUUCAAGGCCGACCACAUGCCCCUUUAAGACUUAACCUCCCCCGGACACCCACUCAUACACCCCUGCCACCCACCACCCUUCCACCUCACACGCCCUCCUCCCUCGUACACACAACCAUUGGACUAGAGACCUGCACCUAGGAGAAAUAUUUUUAUUUUGUAUAACAGACAGAUAUUCUAAACAAAUGAAAUAUUUAUUUUCAUUUCAGCAAAAAUUGUCUACUAGCUAACAGCAAAGACUUUUUUUAUAACGGGGGGAAUAUUUAUAUGUAAAGUUUUUUGAUUUACAGCAUUAUGAGAGAUGAAAAAAUAAGAGAAUUACGUGCCAAUUUUUUCACAAGUUAGAUAAAUAGAAUAAUAUUGUGGUGCCUUUUGCUGUAUGCUGAAGUCGGAGGUCCCAUUGAGUUUUUGUAGCCUUUCUUAUAAAGACUCCUCGUUUUUAUAUAGAGAACAACAGUCUUUCUUCCUUUUGCUUUGUUUUUUUCUCUGAUUUGGGAUCUUCCUCCUUUUGAACUUUAAUCUGAUUAUGUCAUCAUGCAAUAUUGAUUCCUCCUGUGUAAAAGGUGUCUGUUUACAUGAGUAUGAUCCAUGCGAUGCGCUCGUUUCACAGGGACAUCUAGUCACUGACACAACCGGAUGUGUAGGGUAGUUUUUCGCGGAUGAUUAUUGGAUGAAUCUUUCCAGAUGAACAUGCAUCUGUCAUUUAUGUCCUUGUUCGCUGCCUGUCAGUCAUUUGUUGUUCUGUUCUGUGAAAACAAGAGUGUUAGGAAGCUGGUGAGGGAAAGUGACACCAGAUUCCUCUGUAGGUGUUCAGGGUGCUGCCAUGACAUUGUAGUGUUUGCUUUGUGUGUGUGUGUGUGUGGGUGUUUGUGUGUGUGUGUGUGUGUGUGUGUUUGCGCGUGUGUGUGUGUGUGCGUGCAACUCAUGAAGGCUUGUUUAGUUGGCGUGACGGUUCACCUUGGAGAGUGUGGUCGCUUGUUUGACUGACAUGCUCCUCCCACCAAACCUCACGCUGCCAGAAGCUCCAUUGCACUGUAAGAACCUCCUUCAUUGGCCAGGGAGCUGCCAAUCCAAACCGAACUUAACCAACCCAGUUGUAAUCCAGCCUGACUCUGGCCUCCUGUGGACUGCCCAGCCCGCCCGUUUCCUAUGCCAGCAGCUUAGAGCCGCACUGUGUCUCAGGACUUCCCCAUCACAUCACAGCCAAAAGACUGAAAACAGAGAGAGAGCACGUCAUCUCAGUUGCAGUUCAGUCCGCAGGCCAGAUCCACAUCCCCUCACUCCUCCCCCCCGUCUGUCCGUCAGGUUUGUUGCUUUCACUCGUGGCCAUGAUGAAGGAAGCAUGGGUUAAAACUCUUGGAAUCAGAAGGGAAAUUUAGUUGCUUUAUUAAAAAACAAAACAAAACAAACAAAAAGAACAAACAAGUUUUUACUUUAAUAGUUUGUGUGCAUGUGUUAAAGUGGGCAUGUGUGCACCUGUGUGUAGGUCACCAUGAUAAUGAAUGAAAACCUUGAAGACCACAUCUGUUCGCUCUGAUUCUGGGGCAUAGCUAGGAAUUCUGGGGCCCCCGAGGAGGAGAAUAACGCUCUGGGUUCCCCCUUGCUUUUUUUUUUUUUUUUUUUUUUUCCUUUCCUUCUUUUUUUUAAACUAGAUAAUUUUUCUACUGGAAACUUUCUGGGCCGUCUUCAGCUGUGGGGCCCUUGAAUUGCCACAAUUUUUCACCCCACUGGCGAUGCCACUGCUCGGAUAGGGAUAAUCUCUUGAGUGGCUUCGUGCAGGUUCACACCACUAGAGGGCGAGUUUGAUUCAAAUUUUUCUUUCACUCACAGCCAAAUGGUGGCGUAUUAUAAUACUGAUUACUGCAUCCUUGAUUUGCAUUCCUAUACCUUUAUUGAUUGAACUUUUUUUUUUUUUUGCUUGGUCAUAUUGACUGAAUAAUCUGUUAUUUGUCUUUCUUCGUCCGUCCGCCCCCUCCACCUCACAUCACUUGCCCCCCUCCCACCCCCCACCUUCAUGUCUUUCUCACUUUGAUAUCAGUCUUCAGAAGCAACUAGCAGAUGGAUUUAGGCCUCAUCUCCAGACGAGUACACUGAACAGCACACGAACAGCAGGCAUGUCAGAAACUCUUCCACCUCAAACGUACAUCAGGUUUAGAGACCCUUUUCAAGCUCGCUGAGGAAAAUAAUACUGUGUCAGAUACAAUUUGUGUCCCUGUUCAUUUCCAAUAGAGUCCGUUUGGUUUGUUUGCUUUUGUUUGUUUUCUGUUUUCACACAGAUGAUGCAUGGAUCACAGAUAUAGAAAGUAUCUUAAAAAUGUCAGAGCCCCGCCGAUUCAGGGGAAUCAUACUAGAAGUAUAUAAAAACAUUAUUUGGGUUCCUGACCCAAAGGUCUGGCUAGUUUUGUCUUACUAUCACUGUAAUCAAUCUGGGAUUUGCAAUGUGGAAAUACUGCAAGUGAGGGUAGUGUGCUUCUAGAGCUAGUUGAAAUGUUAACACCCCCCACCCUCUCUCUCCUCAACCUGCACUCCCCCUUUCUCUUUUCAUACACACACACAUACAUUAUAUACAUAAUGAAGCACUUGCUGACACACACACACACACACACACACACACACACACACACACUCCCUUCAUGUUUGUGUUUGUCAAGCGGUUUGCCUUUGUCUUUUUUUACCUACUGACCCUGACCUCUCCUCUCUUGUCCUCUCCUGUCCUCUCCUCUCCUCUCCUGUCCUGUCCUCUCCUCUCCUCUCCUCUCCUUUCCUCUCCUCUCCUCUCCUCUCCUCUCCUCUCCUCUCCUCUCCUCUCCUCUCCUUUCCUCUCCUCUCCUUUCCUCUCCUCUCCUCUCCUCUCCUCACCUCUCCUCUCACCCCCUGCAUGUCCUAGUGGUACUGGUAGUUGGGUGCAUGGAAAAAGCAGCAAGCAAAUCGUUUUUUUCCACUCGGUGAAAAAAAAAAAAAAUGUGUCUUCAUUUUAACAUUCAGCAAUAAAUCCCCCUUUUCUUCAUGUCCAUCAUUCUUGGAAUAUGCUAGAAGAUUUUUUGCAAGUUUUAUCAAAAACAUACUACUUGUAAAAGAAGAAAAAUCAAAAACCACCCCUUCAUAUGAAAAAUAAAACUUUAUUCCUACAA